AUGACCAUGAUAAUUUUCCUCUUGCUUUUAUCUCUUAUGGUUUCGAAAAGUGACAUGAGAAACUGCAUUAUUGGUGAUCCCCGUCCUAUUUCUCACAACUAUUUCCAAUCUGGUGAUCUCAUCAUUGGUGGCAUUACUUCUCUUAUGUUCAUUCCUAUAGAACUUGAAAACUUCAUGGAAGAUCCCUAUCUUUCAUUUUUUGAUGAAGUCAUAGUCCAGACUAAAUUUUAUCAGCAUAUUUUGGCUUUGAUAUUUGCUGUAAAAGAGAUCAAUGAAAACCCUCAGAUUUUGCCCAAUGUUACUUUGGGCAUCAAUAUUUUUGACAGCUAUGGUAGAAAAUGGAUUUAUCAUGCCACAAUGGAACUAUUUUCACCUCUGAAGAGAAUGAUCCCCAAUUAUAAGUGUGGCAUCCAGAACAACUUGGUCUCAGUCAUUGGUGCUAUUUAUCCUGAAAUCUCCAUUGACAUGGCAGAUAUCUUGAGGAUCUACAAACUUCCACAAUUUAUAUAUGGAUCCCACCCAGAGGUGCCGGAUCAAAGCAAAUCUUUUUCCUUCUACCAUAUGGUCCCACAUGAAAGUAUGGUAUAUGAAGGACUUCUUCAGCUGCUUGUGCAUUUCAAAUGGAUCUGGGUUGGGAUCUUUGUGAGGGAUGAUGAUGAUGAAAGAUUUGUGAGGAUGAUCCUUUCAUCAUUUCCUCUUCAUGGUAUUUGCAUUGCCUUUCUAAAAAUAAUUAAACAAUUACACAUGAAAAACAUAUUCAUGGACCUGGAGUGGCUAGUGGAUACAUUUUAUCUCACUAUGAAAAGUAAAGCCAAUGCAGUAAUAGUCUAUGAAACAACCCUUCUGCAUCUGAGAUUGUUGCUAAAUCUUCCUAAAAUUGAAUCACUGUCUAUGGAACCGAAAGGUAAAGUAUGGGUCAUUCCCUCCCAAAUGGAUCUUGCAACAGUGAUUUACCAAAGGACCUGGGAUAUUCAAGAUAUCUUUGGUGCCCUUUCCUUUUCAGUUUACUCCAAUGAAAUUCCAGGAUUUCAGAAAUUUGUUCAGGGAAGAGACCCUUUCUUAUCAAAAGAAGAUGGCUUUAUCAAAGAUGUGUGGGUACAUGCAUUUUACUGUUCCUUUCCCAGUCCCUCAAUGAAUGAGAAAGAUAGUAACAUUUGUACUCUGAAGGAGAAAUUGGAGGACCUUCCUGGGGCUCUUUUUGAAAUGAGCAUGACUGGUCAUAGUUACAAUAUAUAUAAUGCAGUUUAUAUUGUAGCUCAAGCUUUACAUGAUAUGCAGAUUGAACAAAAAUCCAAUGGAAUGCUGAAUGGAAGGAAACAGAAUAUUCAAAAGCAACAGCCAUGGCAGUGGAUCUUCAUUGAUAUUAAGCUCCACCAAUUCCUGAAGAGAGUCUCAUUUAAUAACAGUGCUGGGGAUAGGAUUCUGUUCAAUCAGAGGAGGGAAUUGAUAGUUGGAUUUGAUAUUAUAAACUGGGUCACAUUCCCAAAUCAAUCUUUCAAUCGAGUAAAAGUGGGGAAGCUGGAUCCCUGGGUUGAAGAGGAAAAAUUCACCAUUCGUGAUGAAGCCAUUACUUGGCACAGCAGUUUCAACCAAAUCCUACCUGUUUCGGUAUGUACUGAGAGCUGUUUUCCAGGUUAUUUCAAACAAAAGCAAGAGUGGAAGCCAUUUUGCUGCUAUGAUUGUUUUCCAUGUCCUGAAGAGAAAAUUUCAAGUCAGAAGGACAUGCAAGAUUGUUCUGAAUGCUCAGAAGACCAAUAUCCAAGCAAGAACAAAGAUUCAUGUCUUCCCAAGAAAAUAUCUUUCUUAUCCUAUGAAGAACAAAUGGGAAUAUGUCUAACCUUUCUGGCACUCCUUUUUUCUUUCUGCACAAUGGUGGUGCUGGCAACAUUUUUGAAGUAUCACCAUACUCCCAUUGUCAAGGCCAAUAACCGAAGUCUCACCUAUGUUCUACUCAUCUCCCUCCUCCUCUGCUUCCUUUGCUCAUUGCAGUUCCUUGUUGUACCUGGCAAUAUAAUAUGUCUCUUCCGACAAAUUAGUUUUGGAAUCAUCUUCUCAGUGGCUGUGUCUUCUGUGCUGGCAAAAACCAUUACUGUGGUUCUGGCUUUCAUGGCCACCAAGCCUGGAUCCAGGAUGAGGAAAUGGGUGGGAAGGGGCUUGGCCACCUCCAUUGUUCUUUCUUGUUCCCUGAUUCAAGCAGGCAUCUGUACAUUGUGGCUGAUCACAUUUCCCCCUUUCCCUGAUGUUGACACCCAUUCAGAAAUUGACGCAAUCAUACUGCAGUGCAAUGAAGGCUCAGCUAUCAUGUUCUACUGUGUUCUGGGGUACAUGGGCUUUCUGGCAACUGCCAGUUUCACAGUAGCUUUUUUCUCCAGGAAGCUCCCCAGCAGUUUCAAUGAGGCCAAAUGUCUCACAUUCAGCAUGCUGAUCUUCUGCAGUGUGUGGCUCUCCUUUGUUCCAUCCUACCUGAGCACCAAAGGCAAAUAUUUGGUGGCUGUGGAGGUUUUCUCCAUUUUGGCCUCUAGUGCUGGGUUGCUUGGCUGCAUAUAUUUCCCAAAAUGUUAUAUAAUCAUUGUUAGGCCAGAGCUAAACAAUAGAGAACAGCUCAUUAAAAGAAAAAAAUAG